CCGACAUUUAAUUUUCGGUGCCCUCCGACCUGCUUUUAAACAAUUUAAAUUUAUAUGGAUAUCAAAAUUAUUAAUAGUAGUACUCCUAAUAAAAAUAGACCAUGAAAUAAACAUUUUGUUUUGUUUUUGUAUUUAAAAUAAAAAAAAAUAGAAGUGUGAAAUUACAGUCGACGGAUCCUCAUCUCUUCCUUAACACCUCCAUUUUUGCUGUUCUCAAACCCUAGUUUUUUCUCUCCUCUACGCAACCCUAUCCCAUCUCAUCCAACGAACAAUCGGUCAAACCCUAAUUUCUUCUUUCCCUUAUAAUCGUCGGAAAUCCAUCUACACGAUUUCUCCGUUUAUGUAAUUGGUGUAUGAUGUUACACUUGGUAAUGCUUUAGCAUUGUGUCAAUGGCUGCUGAUCAACGUAAAAGACGAUUGAGCUCUACUACCACUUCUUAUGUUUAUGGAUAUCAAGAGCAAUUUAAAGCCAAAAAAAGGGAUUUGAGAUCGCAUAAAUACGAUUUUAAUUUUAAUACUCAUGUUUCUCUUAAAUGGGAUGAUAAUGGUAAACGAGUUGUCGCCAAAGAUGAUCAAAUUGGGAUAUCUUGGAGACAUUUGUCUCCUUUUGUGCCUUCUGCUCCUUGUAGUAAUGCUAAGUUGGCCGAUGUCGUUACUGUUCCCAGGGAAAUCUUUGAGUUGAAUGAUUUAUCCCAAAUUCUUUCUUAUGAGGUUUGGCAGUCUAUUUUAACAGAGAAGGAGAGGAAUGUUCUUACACAGUUUCUUCCUCCUGGAGUAGAAGCUGAUGAAGCUGUGCGAGCUCUGCUUUCUGGUGACAACUUUUUUUUUGGGAGCCCUUUUUUGAAGUGGGGGUCUUUACUUUGUUCUGGUGGUCUUCACCCGGAUGCGAUUCUUCAACACGAGAAAUCGUUCAAGACAGAUAAAAAAGCCUACUAUUCUGAGCUACAACAAUACCAUGACAGCAUGAUAGGAAGUUUGCAGAACUUGAAGCAGACAUGUGCAAGUUCAAAUGAUCUUGAAUCUGAAAUUCGACAAUAUAUGUCAAGCAGGUCAAAAAGGCACGAGCAAACCAUUCUGCCUGAUGCAAACGAGCAUAGAGCUCACAAAUCUGUGGAUAACGUUGCUGUUGCGUCUGAAUCUCUGUCUCCGCUAGCAGAUGAGAAGUUGUAUUAUAGUGACAACCAAAAGCUAUCUGCCAUUAGAGAUGCUGGAAUCCAGAAGAGGACACGGAAUCAGGAUCUUCUAAAGGAGAAACAUGAGAAGUCAUUAACACCGUCUAAUGGCCUUAAGGUUUUGCCAAGAUCUAAGAAAGCAGAAAAGAUGCAAAAACUCAACCAGACACCAAAUGAUGGUGCCAAGUAUAUGUCUUAUGUUAAGAUUAGCAAGAAGCAGCAUGACCUUGUAAAGAAUAUGAGGCAGUCAGGCUCGAGUAUUCAAUCUAGGGCUCUUAAUCGUUUGCUUGGUAGUCUUGAUAGUUCUAAUUUUAAACCAUAUGAGAUGUUUGUGGAAGAAGAGCAAAAAAGGAUCCACGAGUACUGGAUAAAUCUGACAAAGGACAUUCCAACUGCUUAUAAAAACUGGAGAAACCUGCAAUCAGUGAAGAGGAUAAUGAUGGAUUCUUUAUGUAACGAAUUGGAAGAGAAACUAAGUGUUCAGCUGAAGGUUGAUGGUUUGGUUAACUCUUGUGAUGCGGAACCAUCACCUGCUUGUGAUGAGAAUGAAGAGGAAUCUUCUCAAGAACCUUCAGAAGACCACCAAAAUGAUGAUUCUUGUAAUCACGAUUCUAUUUCAGAUAAUGACGAGGAAAAAUCUGAUUCCAAUUGUUUCAAGAACGAGUCUCCUUUACAUAAUCCUCCUUUAAAUGUCAAUGAAGAGAUUGAUCUGUCCUCUAUGGAGAUUCAAUCAUUGAAAAAUCCUAUUGCAAAUGUCAAUGAAGAGUUUGAUCCACCCUCUUCUAUGGAGACUCUAUCAUUGCAGAGCCGUCCUCUAAGUGUCAAUGAAGAGUUCGAUGCAACCUCUCCUAUAGAGACUCAGUCCUUGCAUGAUAAUCCUUUAUCAAAUAUUGAUGAACAGUUUGAUCCCUCUGCUUCCAUGGCAAAUCCUUCUCUGAAUGCCAAUAAACAGUCUGAUGCAUCUGUCUCCAUGGAGGAUCAGUCUUUGCAUCAUCUUCCUCUAAAUGUCCACGAGGAGCUUGAUCCAUCCUGUAUGGGGAAUCAAUCUUUGCAGAAUUCUCCCUUAAACGUCAACGAGAGUUUUGAUACACCAUCAGUAGAUGAUAAAUCUUCAACGGGUGAUCCUAUCAUUGAUGAUAGUGAGAAUUAUACUCGGAUGGAUUUAAAUGCAGAAAAUAAUGCUGUUACAACCGGAAUGAGUGAAACAUGUUCCUUGCCCAGCCAGGAUGUUGCACAAACACCUGAAGCUUCCAUUGGUAUUUCGUACUCUGAAACUCAUAUUUCAGCUCCUCCUAAUGCUGUAGAAAUGCCUAGCACGUCAUCGCUUAAGAACAUGUGGUCAUCAAUUGGAUUUCCUGAAUCUUAUCAUUCUCAUCCGACUACUUUGCAUACCACUUCUGGUGCACUCUGUCUUAUACAACCACAAGCAGUCACAGGUCAGCCAGCCCAUUUAAUUGAUCUGGAGUCUAAUAUGCCUGAAGAGGACACAACAAAAGAUCUUUUGAACAGGCAUACCAGCCAACUACCUUUCUACGAUCGCUAUCCACCCAAUAGAGACAGUAAUGAGUUCCAUCCAGGACCUGAGUUUCAUCAGCAACAAAAAAAUCCAGGACCUGAGUUCCAUCCAACUGCUGCACUCUUGCAGUCUGCCAAUCAGUUCCCUAGCCAUUUCCGAGAGCAGUUACAGCCCCCACCAUUCACAUUGGAUCAUCACAGACAAAAAGCACAGAGCGAGAUAUUUAUGCAUCAGAACACUCAAGAUGGAAUUUACUCUGACAACAAUCGGUAUUCAAUUCAAGGUUCAGACCACUAUCCAUCCCUGAAUGUUAGAGACUGGAGUAAUGCUCGGGUAUCUAAUACUCUCCUGCCUUCUCAAUUGAACUCUGGGGAACUGUUGAACCAUAAUUGGUAUCCCACUGAAAACAGAGCUCAUGGUGGUUGGUCCUCAUCGGAGCCUCCAAUUUUCCCUUCCCCGAGUAUUGGAAGUAGCAAUGGUGGUGAUCAAACCCUUUAUAGCGUUCUUUCACAAUGCAAUUUACGUUCUCGGAGACCCUACAGCCCUGUAGGCUCCACUGAACAGAUUAUUCCUCAGACAAAUUAUGGACAAGAAAUGGUUGGAGGAAUUCCCAUGAUCACCAAUACUUUGCCGCCAUCUGUUUCUCCAUUUAAUUACUUGAGUGGUGGUGAAGCUUCGACGACUAUGAAGAAUCCCAACAUGGGGUGGUUACGUGAUCCUUCAGGAAAGCCUUUCCUAUAAUCUUGGGACCAAUGAAGGGGUCUUCGCCUUAUUAUGGACUUCACGUUGGAAGUUGAAGCUGAACGUUGAAAUCAUAAAAGCGAGAAUGGCAAAUGAAGUUGUGGCCAAUCUCAAGGAGAGGUAUGAUCAUAGGCCUGCUGUACAUACCUAUACGACAGCUGAUACCGACACCCAUGUAUAUAGCUAGUUGGUAGUAGUAGUAGGUAUCCGAAGAUCUUGGAAUGCUAAAGUUUCGGAGAAAAUAUGUCGCAAUAGGUUGUUUCUUGUGUUAUUAGCAUUAUAAUAACUAUUUAUCUGAGUUUUCAUUGUUGGAACCUCGUCCUUUUUGAUGGUUAGAGGUCUAUUUUGCAUAAGCCUGGGAUCGGGGCGGUCAGCCGGUCACAUUUGUCGUUAGUUCUGUAAGUUGUAACAUGGCAUUCCAGUUCUCAUAAUAAAUUUUUACCCUCGCAAGGUGAGGUCCAUCUUA